CCAAAUUUUUCAUCAGUUAAUCUCUACACUACUUUUGGAGUAGGAUGUAUUACUUGGCAAUUUUAUUUUGCACUCUUUUUGUGCCCUUUACUCAAUCGUUCUACAUCGACGAUGUACCUGACUAUGAGGUGGUGCCAAUUAGUCAUAAAAUAUCCGACGACAAAUUAACAAUUCGAAUUAAAAGAGAUGGGAAAACCAAUGAUUAUCAUUUAAAUCCAAAAGAUAGUUUAUUUUUAGGCAGAGAAUCGAAAGUUUAUACUGCUACUAAUAAUGUUAAAAAUAGUUCCAUUGAUUAUGAAGAAGUACAAAAUGUUUUGCAAAAAAUCGACCAUAAAUUUUAUCAAGGUGAAGAAACUGGUUCAUCUGUUACACACUUUAAGAAUAAACGUGGAAUAUCUGAAUUUCAUGGAAUAAUCGACAACAAUUAUGUGAUUAAACCAUUGCCCAAUCAUCUUCGUAAACGUCGAGGUUUGUUGAAAAAAAAUUCUGCAACCUUUGAAAGUGAUGCCGAAGGUUUUAUAAAUACUGAUGAACAUAUAAUUUAUAAACAAACAUUUAAUAAUGCUUCACAAUUUCAUGCACAUAAGCAUGUCGAUGAUGAAAUUUUGAAAAUUAAAAGUGUGUCCCGAAGAGAAGUUAAAGUGACUCCAGACAUUGUGUAUCCAGAAAUUUUGCUUUAUGUUGAUGAUGUAAUUUUCAAAAAAUACAAUUAUGAUGUGAUGAAUGCGUUACAAUAUAUUUUGAGUUUCUGGAAUGACGUUGAUUUAUUAUAUAGACAAAUGGAACAUCCAAAAAUUCGCUUCUACAUGAGAAAAAUAGUAUUUCUUAAAGAACCACUAUCAUUCAUUAAUGAAGGAAUCCAAAAUAUGACCAAAGGACUAAUAGAUACAAGAAAAUGUUUAUACUCAUUUGCUAAACUUUUAUAUAAGCAACAAUUCUUUCGGCCAAAGAUAGAUUAUGAUAUAGGCAUGUUAAUGUUUAGACGAUCUGGUGUAAAUGCAAGUGGUGAGGCCUUUCUUAAUGGAGUGUGCAAAAAUAAUAAGGAUAAUCAGAUAAACUAUAGUACCGGUAUAAUUGAAAAUUGGAGUGCAGGUAUUGGUGCUACAGGGAUUGUUACUGCUGCUCACGAAUUAGCUCAUCUCUUUGGAGUAUCUCAUGAUAGUAAUAAAACGGGUUGUUUAAAUUCAGACAACUACCUUAUGAAUACAAAUCAUGGUACUAAAAACGCAAGGAUAAUGUCCCCAUGUACGAAAGAAAGUAUUCAAUCAACUUUAAGUAAAGAUUAUACGAAAUGCAUUCGGAAUAAUCCAGCAGAAUAUGAAGAGAAUUUAAAUUCGAAUACAGAGGCACCAAUUACGAGUGAUUCAUCCACAUCAACGAAUUGCGGUAAUGUAAAGUGUUCAACUGAUGAAACAUGCAUCAAAGGAAAGUGUACAAUUACAAAUGAAGCAGAAAAUAACAUUGACGAUGAGUCUUUGCUGAAAGAUUUUGCCUUGUGGUUUGAAAAAUCCCAAGCUAAAAUUUUUAACAUUCUUCCAACCUCAUAAACCUAAUUGAAUCCUAACUUAAACCUUUUGGUAUUUAUUUCAUUCUCUUAACAUGACUUUAACAUCCUUUGAUUGUUAAAUUUUAAUCCUAAAAUGAACCUUAUGAGACUACUUGAAUUUUUUAAUGUCAGGCAAAUAAACUUUUUUUGACCCUAUUUCAUCCUACUUGACACUUAAUUCGUUCUUACUAAUAUCUAUUUAGACCUCAAUGGACCUUAAAGCAUGUAUAGGUGCAAUAAAAUAUAAAACUCCAUCAACCUCACAGAAAAAAGUUGGACUCAUAUUUGUUGCAUUUCAAAAUGAGUUCAUGUUAAAUGACAUAGAACGUGGCGCCAUAUGCCUGUCUCAUUUUUGAUACAUAACAAAUUGAGUAUAAAUUUUGUACUCAAUUUGAGAUUAGGUUUUUUCUGUGGCUUUCACAACAGGAGGGCUCUGGUUAUAUUAAGAUACGAAAUUGGAAAUAGUAUUUACUUAAAUACGCAAUAUUGUGAAUUUUUCAUUUCAAUUUCAUUGUUCAAAAAACAGCCUUUUUACCUUUUAGAUACUGAGAAUUUAACCCUACACUUACUAGAAUCAACCUUAGAUAGGAGAAAAUGAAAGAAAGCUACAUAAUUUAUUUAGGCAGAUUGUAGGCUCUUUAGGUCCAUUUUUCUAUUAUAGAAUCCUUUAUAAAAAAUUGUAUUUCUCAGAAAGAAGAGAAUUCUCGGUUCAAAGUAAGGUAUAAAUUAGGCUUAAAAUUUUGCUAGGGAUAAACUUGGAAGUUUUUUUUUUCUUGAGAAUUUUUUCUUCGAGUAUCUAAGCUAACAAAAUCUGGUUUGUUAUUGCAAUAAAUUUUUUGUUUUUCUAAUAAU